AUGGCCGACCAAAACGAGCUGGACCAACUAGCCACUGCCGAACUGCUGAGGCUUCAGCGUCAGCAUCGGGGUCUCCAGUUAGAUCUGCGUGGUCUGCUCGAAGAAAAGGCCAAGCGACUCAAGAAGCAGAACCACAUGAUCAACGUUUUGCAGGUGGAGCACCAGAAGCUUAAAGAGGAGAUUAAGACACUGGAGGGCGGCACUCACGCUCGCAAGAACACUAAUAAAGAGAGACACCUGGGUAAUCUGCAGGGCCAGCAGGCUGACCUCCAAAGAGUGCUCCAAAACGAACGAACAAAUCUGUGGGAGCUGGAGGGGCACAUUCGGAAAAUGGAGAAGGAGAUCGACGCCCUGCGGCGAAACGAGGUGCCCGACAACUGUUACAAGGACACGAUCUGCAAAGUCCAAAAGAGUGUCGUCAAGCUGGAGAACCGCCUGGAUGUGGUGAAUAAGAAGUGCAGCGAUGUGCUAACGGAAAAUAGCAAGAUGCGGGAUGCCAUCAACCACAUGCUGCAGGAUCGGGCGAACUUCAACGACAUGUGGCAGUCGAUGGUUACACAGUUUAACGAGGGUAAGAAAUUCAUCAUGGACCUGAUCGAUCAGUCGACCUUGGCUUUCGAUCAGCGUGAGGAGCUUUGCAACAAGUUGUCAGUGCUAAAAGACCGCAACGAGAACGACAAGGUGAUGCACAUCCAGGAGAUGCGCGAGAUGCAGCGCCGCCUGGAACACGACGCCAAACUUCAAAAAUUCUUUGAUAUCAAGGGUCAAAAGCGUCUAAAUCCAGAGCUGGAGCAGCGCGAACUGGACAAGAAGCAAAACCAGAAGGAAAACUACGAGCGACAGCUAUUGGAGUACAAGGAUAUAAUCGAGAAGAUCAAGUUGCUAUACGGCGAAGAGGAUGCUGAACGACUGGUGGCACAGUUCAAGCGGCAGGAGGAUGAGAACUUUGCUCUCUUCAACUAUGUCAACGAGCUGAGCCAUGAGGUGGAGGUAUUAAACGACUCCACGCAGGAGUUGACAGAUGAAAUAGAACGGCAGAAAUCCGAGCAGGCCGAAAAGGAAUUGAAGCUCAAGACCGAGGCUUUGGAUUAUCUGAAUGCCGAACGGGAGCGGAUCGAACAACUGGCCGAGGAGACCAGGGAGAGGAAGCGCACCUUAAGCAUUCGCUUAGAACAGCUACUAAAGGGAAUCGAGGAUAUUUUCAGGCAACUCGCUUGCGACGAUGCUCCAAUACUAAAUGUCCUGAGUACCAAGACCUUUUUGACAGUCCACAAUGUGAAGCUUUUCAUUGGCGUUAUAGAGCGACGGGUUAAUCUGAUCAUAAGUGCCAUUAAUAUAGAGGACAAUUCGAACAAGAUACUGGCCAGAAAGGAUCGGGUUCCCAAGUUCAAUAUACGGGAGUCAGCCAAAACAAAAGGUUAA